GUAAGUCGAACCGAACCGAAUCAACUGCUAAAAUCCUUUUUUUAGGGUUUUGAUCAAAUUAAUUUUGAAAGAAUCGCUUUCUUCCUUUCCCUUCCCUCCUCAUUGCAAGCUUCUUCCUCUUCAUCAAUGGCGUCCAACCACAACCAUGGUGGCCAUGUUCAACCUUGUUUUGAACGACAACUCUGUUAUCGGGAAAUCGAAGUUCCUCUUGCCAUUCCGUUGGAAUGAGAUUGAUGAUGUUAAGUACAAGGCCUCAAUCGGCGUCGAGUUUCAGAUUCAAGUGCUGACAGUCAAUGGCAAAGAGGUUAAGUCUCUCAUGUGAGACUUUUGUUUUCUUCAUCUUAUGUCUUUUAAUCUAAAAUUUAUCCCUCGUGUCGUUUGUUCGAUGCCAUCUGAGAAUUUCUCUUUCCUAAUGUUUCCACUGAUCAGAUUUCAAGGUAGGGGAUUCUUGGAUGAUGGGUUUUGGUGGAGGAAUCCCAAACAAGAAAAAAGGCCUUUUAAUAAUCCCUAACCCGAAGAUUGGUUGGUUUUUUCUUUUGAAGUUCCAGUUUUUCAUUUAGUAUAAAGGAGAUAUGAAAAGGAUGAACAUAUUUCGCUGGCGAAAUGUUCACUUUAUAAUUGUUCCAAGCUAGAGGAAGUGAAGUCAUUCUUCUCUUUUCUGGCUUUCAUCAUGACAUUUCUGCUCCUAAAAGUUGUUCCACGUUUGUCUCGAAGAAUCUUAACUAGAGAUUUAACGACUCCUUCUGAAAUCCAUAUUGGGAAAAGAACUAUCUUGUUUGAUGGGAAUGAUGCCUACAUAAACCGUCUUUGUGAUGCCAAGCUAUUCAAAGAAGCUAUAGACACUCUCUGUGGCCAAAGUCGUUUAAGAGAGGCGGUUAAAUUGCUCUAUCACAUCGAGAAACCCUAUGCUUCAAUAUACACGACUUUAGUAGAAUUUUGUCUAAAACAACGAGCUCUUGAAGAGGGUAAAAAAGUCCAUGCUCACAUCAAAGCCUCCGGGUUCGCACUUGGAUUAUUCCUUUCGAAUCGUUUGCUUGAUAUGUAUGCUAAAUGUGGGAGCCUGGUGGACGCCGAGAAAGUCUUUGAUGAAAUGGUUCGUAGGGAUUUGUGUUCUUGGAAUACCAUGAUUUCUGGGUAUGUCAAAGGAGGGGAUUUUGAAAAAGCAAGAAAUUUGUUUGACAAAAUGCCUGAGAGGGAUACCUUUUCUUGGAUAGCAAUUAUAUCUGGUUGCGUUCGACGUAACCGUCCUGAAGAGGCGUUGGAGUUGUAUAGAUUGAUGCAAAAGCAUGAGAACUCGGAAUCCAACAAGUUGACUACAUCUAGUGCACUUGCUGCUUCAGCAGCUAUUCCAAGUUUACACGUGGGAAAGGAGAUACAUGGUCAUAUUAUGAGAGUGGGGUUGGAUACAGAUGAGGUUGUUUGGUGCUCCCUAUUGGAUAUGUAUGGGAAAUGCGGAAGUAUAGAGGAAGCUAGAUACAUUUUUGACAAGAUGGAGGAAAAAGAUGUUGUUUCAUGGACAGCAAUGAUCAAUACUUACUUCGAAAAUGAGAGGAGAGAAGAGGGAUUUGCUUUAUUUAGACACUUGAUGAAUUCAAAUAUCAAGCCAAAUGAUUUCACAGUUGCUGGUGUCUUGAAUGCUUGUGCUGAUCUUGCAGCUGAGGAUUUAGGUAAGCAAAUUCACUCCUACAUGAUGCGUGUAGGAUUCAACUCAUCUUCAUCUGCGGCAAGCGCUCUAGUUCAUAUGUAUUCAAAGUGUGGUGACAUUGAGAAUGCCAAGAGUGUAUUCGAAACAUUGCCCCAACCCGAUUUGUUUUCGUGGACUUCACUACUUGUUGGUUACGCUCAACACGGUCAACACGACAAGGCCCUCCAUUUCUUUGAAUUGCUACUUAAAUCAGGCACAAAGCCUGAUGAUGUUGCUUUUGUUGGAGUUUUGUCUGCUUGUACUCAUGCUGGGUUAGUUGUUAAGGGACUUGAGUAUUUCCACUCCAUCAAGGAAAAGCAUGGAUUAACUCAUACCACUGAUCACUAUGCUUGUAUAAUCGACUUAUUGGCUCGUGCUGGUCGGUUUACAGAAGCCGAGAGCAUAAUUAACAAAAUGCCAAUGAAGCCAGAUAAGUAUAUAUGGUCUGCUUUACUUGGUGGUUGUAGAAUACAUGGAAACCUUGAACUAGCCGAAAGAGCAGCAAAAUCAUUAUUUGAAAUAGAGCCUGAGAAUCCAACCACUUAUGUUACUCUAGCCAAUAUGUAUGCCAGUGCAGGUAUGUGGGCUGAAGAAGCAAAUAUGAGAGAGACUAUGAAUAAUAGGGGAAUAGUGAAGGAGCCUGGGUUGAGUUGGAUAGAGAUCAAGAGAGAGGUUCACGUGUUUACCGUCGGAGACAACUCACAUCCAAAAUCAAAGGAAAUACUCGAGUAUUUGAGCGAGCUCUCAAAAAGAAUGAAAGAAGUUGGUUAUGUACCUGAUACGAACUUUGUGUUACAUGAUGUGGAAUUGGAACAGAAAGAAGAGAACCUUUCUUACCAUAGUGAGAAACUUGCAGCUGCAUUUGGAAUAAUUUCAACCCCCUCAGGUACUCCAAUUAAAGUUUUCAAGAAUCUUAGAACUUGUGUAGAUUGUCAUAAUGCAAUUAAAUUUAUUUCUAAUAUCACUGGGAGGAAAAUUAUUGUGCGAGAUUCAAAUAGAUUUCAUUGUUUUGAAGGUGGUAGUUGUUCAUGUAAGGAUUAUUGGUGAUUGUUGUAAAUGAUAGGUUGGGAUUUGUUUA